CGCCCCCCUCCCUACAAAGCCGGUCAGAACCUCAGUCGCCUUUCACGAGUUCGGUAGAUUGGGCGGCUUGUGUCGUGAACAUAAUUGUAAACGUGAGCAUCAACUGCUUGAUACAUAAAUUCCAUCCGUAGCAAGAACGAACAAGUCCGUUUAUUGACUGCGACAGGGAACAGGAUCUCUCGACGGAUCGUCCUCGGAUCCGUUGUGAGAGAGCCGCAAGAUAGUGCACACCGGUGACAGAACGCGUGGAUAAUGUCAAGCAGUGUGAUUGUAUGAUCAAGAUUUUAAAUAUCUUCGUCUCUGCGAAUAUCGAAAUUUCAGUCGCGGAAAAAUCAGUGAAGAAGACUUGUUUCCGUUUCGUUCACGUUGCGCUGUUGCCGGUGUUUAUUCUUUCUAAUCGAAUUUUUACGCGCGCGAAAAGGAAACAAUCGAUUCGAAAAUCAGUGAUUCGUUUUAUAAACGUACCGUAUUUUGUUUCGAAGCGGUCUUCUUGGUUUCGUGACAAGAGUCAGCGGUAUGAUAUCGUUGGUAUAACUUCCCACGUAGAACACCUGAAUCAAGAUUCUUCAAAGAUGACGAGUAGACACGCGGAACAAAUUUUUAUUCGUGACCGAUGGAUACAACGUAAUUCUGUGAGAUUACAAACCGAAACGAGAGCCCAUUACGGCCAUGUAUCUUCGAAAGGGUUUUCCAAGAAGCUUGCAGCGCUUCUAACGAUUUGUCUUUUGGCAACACGCACUGGAGCGAACAAUGUAAACGAGCCACCUAUCCUCGAACCGAACGGAUACCCCGCGGGCCUCACGCUCUCCGAAUCAACGAAAGUCGGAACGGAGGUGUUCGUCCUCAAGGGCCACGAUCCUGAGGGAUCGCCUGUGAAAUAUGGGAUACAACUCACGGACCAUUUCGUCGUAAAUCCACGAACAGGCGUUAUCACGUUGGCGAAACCUCUCGACCGCGAGGAAAACGGCACGAUACGAUUUCGAGUGACGUUGGAAGACGAAGUGCCAGCCGGUCAACAACCGAACAUAGUGGGUGUCGAUGCAUACGUGAUCGUGCUCGACGACAACGACAAUCCUCCCCGUUUCCUGAACGUGCCUUACGAGGCUGUGGCCGAGGAAGACCUUCCGGUCGGCUCCACCAUUCUUUCGGGUAUUAAAGUGAUAGAUCCUGACCUGUUGGGCGAUACCAUAGAUCUAACCUGCGUCCCCCAGCCACAGUUUCUAGAUGCCUGUGAAAAGUUUGGUAUAGUGGAUGUGGAGAAAAGACAGAAUUCGUACACGGGCGCCCUCGUGUUACGUCAACCACUCGACUACAGAGAGAGACCCUUUUACCAACUACUGCUCAGGGCAAGCGAUGGGUUGAACAAUGAGACUACAGGAGUGGAAAUCAAGGUAGCAGACAUUCAGAACAGUCCACCGGAAUUUCUGGACUCGUUAACGGGUGUGGUACGCGAGGACGACCCCAUUGGAACCUUGGUCAUGACCGUCAAAGCCAGGGAUGGCGAUAGAGGAAUGCCAAGAAAGAUGAUUUACGAAUUAGUUACCAAUCCAUUCGACUAUUUUCUAUUGGACGAUGAAACAGGUGAGCUGAGAACGGCGAAACCGUUAAACAGGGAAGCAUUAAAGGAUUCGACGGGGGUGCUUACCUUGAAAGUGAGGGCACGUGAAUUGAUCGACGGUAUGCCAGGUAACGAUAAUCUGACAGUUUCUACGGCCGAAGCGACGGUGACAAUCAAGGAUGUCAACGACGAGCCACCUACUUUUAAUCGUCGCGAAUACAAUAUAGAAAUUCCUGAGAAUGUGCCGAAUGGCACGCCUUUGCCUCAUUUGGACAUGACAGUCAAGGAUCCCGAUGUGGGCUUGAACUCGGUAUUUUCUCUACGUUUAGAAGACAUUACGGAUGGUGCAUUUACCAUCGAACCAACUAUGGCAACUGGAAGCACUUCCGUGAACAUUCGCGUUGCAAAUGGUUCGCUAGAUUAUGAGAAUCCCAACCAACGUAAAUUCAUUAUUCUGGUCGUUGCGGAAGAGGUCCAUACAGAUCCAAAACUUUCCUCCACGGCAACCGUGACUGUUUCUAUCACAGAUGCAAAUGAUAAUUCACCCAUUUUCAGUAAUCCCACUUAUACUGCGGUGGUAUUGGAAACUGCACCUCCAGGGACACCGGUUAUAACGAUCACUGCUAAAGAUCGUGACAGCGGACGUUUUGGCACAGCUGGAAUAGCUUAUCAAUUGCUUGGACAAGGUGCGCAACAUUUUUCUGUUGACCGGAAAUCUGGGAUCAUUACGGUGGCUCCGUGUGCAAAUCCUGGAACAUCACCUUGUUUGGAUUACGAAGAACAAACGGAAUAUUUUCUCACAUAUAAGGCAACGGAUGAUGAUGGCCAGGGACAAACAACUAGUGUUUCAUUGCGUAUCAGUUUAUCAGACGCAAAUGAUAGUCCACCGCGAUUUUUGCAAGACAAAUAUCGUGCCGUUAUAGACGAAGGAGCUGAAAAAUUUGAACCUGAUUUGAAAGUGCAAGCCCGAGAUAAAGAUAAAACAUCAAAAAUUACAUACGCAAUAGUAGGCGGCGAUGAAUUAGAUCUUUUCGCUAUAGAUCAAGAUACUGGGGAAAUUACUAUAAAAAAUAAAGGUCCGGUCGAUUUAACCAAUUCAACUCACGAUUGGAUUGCGCUUGUCAUACAGGCAAGCGAUGGAAUAUUUGUCGAUUCCGCCAUUGUUAACAUUACAAUUCGCGAUGUUAAUAAUAAUGCACCCGUAUUUCCUCACGAACUUUAUACUGCGAGUUUACCAGAAAUAUCACCGAUUGGAACGGUCGUAGAAGAAGUUACAGCGAGUGAUGCUGACACAGGAAUUAAUGCAGAACUUGUUUACAGAAUUCAGAAAGGAGCUUUUGAUGAUUUUACCAUCAAUGAAACAACAGGCAUAGUAACAGUGUUUAGGAAACUAGAUUAUGAUAAUAAAAAUACGUAUCACGUAGAAGUCAUAGCAUUCGAUAAAGGAACUCCUAGUUUAACCGGUACAACAACGUUGAUGAUUAAUGUUGAAAAUAGCAACGAUAAAGCGCCUUAUUUCACGCCAGAAACUCAAAGAGCUGAAGUUACAGAAGACACUCCUAUCGGAACAGUAUUUACAACGUUAAAAGCUACAGAUCCAGAUAGUACCAAUGUGGAAGCAUUAAAUUUUGCCAUUUCUGAACCUAUUACUGCGAUCGAUAGAAAUGGUCAACAAGUCAAUGAUAGUAAAUCUUUUAAAGAUUUUUUCGCUGUUGACCGCGCAACCGGGCAAGUUUCUGUCGUUAGAUCGCUGGAUCGUGAUAUUGCAGCAACAGUAAGCAUCACUGUGGUCGUCAGUGAUACAACUGCACCAACGUUGCAACAGGGAAGAGGUACUUUAGUAGUCACAAUUAUUGAUGUUAACCAUAUGGCACCAGAAUUCCUAAAACCAUGGACAAGAGAAAAUCCACGAUAUUUAAUAGAAAUGCAAGAAGAACAACCAACUGGAGCUAUUGUAGGAGCAUUUACAGCAGUUGAUGCAGAUAGUAAUAUAGCAGGAUAUGCAAUUAUACCACCAAGUCCCUAUUUUAAUAUAGAUAAUGUUACAGGAAUUGUACGAACAAGUCAAGUUAUUGAUUAUGAAGAAACAAAACAAUUGGAGUUUACAGUAGUUGCAUAUGAUUCUGGAGUGCCUCAAUUAUCUGCAACUACUAAAGUAAUUGUUACUGUAAUAAAUGUUAAUGAUCAAGAUCCUAAAUUCGAGAAAGAACUGUAUAAUGCCUCUGUAAAAGAAAACUCACCACCAGGUACUCAUGUUAUUGUUGUUAAAGCAACAGAUGGAGAUGAAGGUCCAUUUGGAGAAGUUAGUUAUAGUCUUAUAGGUGAUCAUGCUGCUGACUUUAAUAUUGGCCAUGAAACAGGAGAAAUUACUGUUGGUAGUGCUGCUGUCCUUGAUAGAGAAAUAACACCAAAUAUUACUAUAACAGUAAUGGCCAGUGAUGGUGCCCAUAUAAAUUCACGUCGAAGUACUACAGUUCCAGUAAUUGUAAAACUCAUUGAUGUUAAUGAUAAUCGACCAAUAUUUACACAACAUAGUUAUAGAGCUUCAGUUGCUGAAAAUCUGCCAGUAAAUCCACCUGCACCUAUUUUACAGGUCAGAGCUGUGGAUCAUGAUGAAGGAAUCAAUGGAGAAGUUUGGUAUACUAUAAUUCAUGGAAAUGAAAAUGAAUCAUUUUCUUUAAAUCAUGAAACAGGUAUUUUAUAUCCUGGAGCAGCACUUCUUGGUAGAGCUGGUUCUUAUAGAAUUGAAGUAGAAGCAAGAGAUGGCGCUGGUAAUGGUCCACAUUCAGAUAAAUGUUAUGUUGAUAUACGAGUCACACCAGUAAAUCAACACAAACCACAAUUUGUUCUACCUGAAUUAACAAACGCUACUGUUGAAGUACCUGAGAACACAGGUGUCCUAAAUUAUUUAAUAUUAACCGUGAAAGCGAUCGAUAGAGAUCCUGGUGAAAACGGACGCGUAAGUUAUCAUUUAAAAGUUGGAAAUCGAAAUAUUCAAGAAACGGAAGAAUUUUCUAUAGAUCAAGAAACAGGUGAAUUAAGAUCGAAAAUUAUUCUUGAUCGUGAAGUAAAAAGCAAAUUUGAGCUUGUUCUUGUAGCUGCUGAUCAUGGUACACCAACAGCAUAUGAAACAUUACGCCUACUUACUGUACAAUUAGUUGAUACAAACGAUAAUACGCCACAAUUUUAUGAUGAAUAUCAUUUUCAAAUAUCAGAAAAUCGCCCAAAAGAUUACUUUGUAGGAAAAGUAAUUGCGGAAGAUAAAGAUGAAGGAAGACACGCAAAAGUAUAUUAUUAUAUAGAAGCUGGAAACGAAAAUUAUGCAUUUUAUAUAGACAAAUCUGAUGGUAGCAUAUAUACAAAUAAAUCAUUCGAUCGUGAAACUCGAGAUAAAUAUGUUUUAUCGAUAUUGGCUUCUAAUGAUCCUGAUAUUUAUAUAAAUCCUGCAGAUGCAGGACGACCAUUAAUGCACAAUACGGACCAUGGAUAUGUAAAUGUUACUAUAAUUAUUUUGGACGAAAAUGAUAACUCACCAAUAUUUGAACGUAAUGAUUAUUAUGCUGGUGUUAAUUCAAUGGCAAAUGUGAACGAUUUUGUAACAAAAGUAACAGCAUCAGAUUUGGAUGUUGGAGAUAAUGGCACACUUCAUUAUUAUGUUGCCAGUGCAAAUCUUUACAAAUAUGGAUCAGAAAAACCUAGUGGUUCUAUAGUUCCAAGUCCUUUCAUUGUAACACAAGAUGGUAAACUUGUUACAAGUGGAUAUAUGGCCGAAUACAAUCAAGAUAGAUUCAUUGUUGAAGUUAUAGCAAAAGAAGCUGCUAUUCCAGAAAGAUAUGCAAUGACUAGAGUUCAUGUUUGGGUAUUUGAAGCCUCACAGUUAAUAAGAGUUAUUUUAUCAAGACCUCCUGAAGAAGUAAAUCGUGAACGUGACGAAAUCGUAUCAGAAUUAUCGAAUGCAACUCAAAGUAGAGUCGUUGUCGAUGAUAUACGAUAUCACGUAGACGCAUCAGGUCAUAUUCGUAGAGAAUGGUGCGACAUGUAUUUACACGUAGUGGAAUCAAAAACCCAAACUAUCGCUCCAGUUCCACAAGUACUCAAAGUUAUUGAUGCAAAAUAUGAUUUCUUGAAAGAUUAUUAUGCCGGUUUUGCUAUUGAAAAUGUUGUGCCUGCUUAUGCUGGAGUACAGGAAGAACCUUUCGAUCCUGCAUUAGCUGCUUUAAUUGCCUUAUUAGUAGUUUUAUUAGUUGGUGCAGUUACAGUAACAGUAGUUUGUUGUUGUUUACGACAUUGGGUAAUCACUGUGCCAAAUGAUAUACGAAAAAAAGAUGGCUUAAUAAAGAAACAAAUUAUCGAUGAAUUAAAUACUACAGAAAAUCCUUUAUGGAUUGAACAAAAACUUAAAUUAUAUGAAGAGCAAGAAUUAACAAUGCAAGUAUUUAGUGAACCUGAAGGUGGUCUAGGUACAGAAAGACGUGGAAGUGGUGUAAGUGUUGGUAUGGGUGAUACAUCUCAAGAUAACACUUAUGCUACUAUUCAACGUCCACUACCUACGAAUAGGCAUCGUCCUACGACGCCAGAUUAUACAACGCUUCCAGGAAACCACAAUCUUUAUGAAUCAGCCAUGGGUUUCCAAGGAUCAACAUUUCAGCCAUCUUCGAAUGUAAUGCCUCAAUUUACACUUGAUCGUGAUGGUCAACCCCAAUUCGUUUCAGGUUCGAACUCUUCAACAGCGAAGAAUUCAAGAUGAAGAGUAACAACGAACAGUCAAUAUUACUGGAAUAAAUAUUUCCCUGUAGCUGGUGUGUGCAUGUAUAUAUGUGUGCGUUGCCAACCUAUGGUCUUAUCUAACUAAUUGUUAGGUUCAUUGUUAGAAAAAUCAAAAUUGCUAGAUAAUAGACACUGUGAAAUAGCUUAAUGACCAAAGCUUGGCACGACAGAUAUAUGUAUAUAAAUGAAUGUGUAGACUCCGUCCAGCGCAGUUUUCUGAUUACUUCCUCACUAGUUUAGUAUUUAUAUAACUUA